AGUGACUCUCCAGUCUCCGGUCCACGUCUCCACUGGACUCCAACUCCCUGCCGCAACGAAACAAAAACUACCGCUGCUCCGUCGUACGGGCGCUCGCCUGCACCGCGCGCGGAGGAGAGCCACGAAGAUGGCCGACACCAUCCUCCACAACGCGGUCGUCGUCACCAUGGACGGCGAGCUCCGCGUCCUCCGCGACGGCGCGGUCGCCGUCGUCGGCGACCGCAUCGCCGCCGUGGGCCCCACCGCCGACGUCCUCGCCGCUUUCCCCAGCGCCGAGCGGACCCUCGACCUCGGCGGCCGCAUCGUCCUCCCAGGGUUCGUGAACACGCACGUGCACACGUCACAGCAGCUGGCGCGGGGGAUCGCGGACGACGUUGACCUUAUGACGUGGCUGCACGGGAGGAUCUGGCCCUACGAGUCACACAUGACGGAGGAGGACUCCUACGCGUCCACCCUCCUCUGCGGAAUUGAGCUCAUCCGCUCCGGGGUAACAUGCUUUGCUGAAGCAGGUGGGCAGUUUGUUUCAGAAAUGGCACGGGCAGUGGAAUUGUUAGGCUUGCGGGCAUGUUUGACAAAGUCAACGAUGGAUUGUGGUGAGGGUUUGCCUACAAAUUGGAGUUCUUGCUCCACUGAUGAUUGCAUUCAGUCGCAGAAGGAACUAUAUGAGAAGCAUCAUAAAACAGCUGAUGGGCGUAUCAGGAUAUGGUUUGGGUUGAGGCAGAUCAUGAAUGCAACAGAUCGUUUACUGUUUGAAACAAGAGAUGUUGCCCAGAAGCUAAAUACUGGAAUCCAUAUGCAUAUUGCUGAAAUACCAUAUGAAAAUCAACUUAUAGUGCGGACCAAAGGAAUUGAUCAUGGCACGGUGACAUAUUUAGAGAAAAUUGAUUUUCUGAGGAGUAAUUUGCUGGCCGCCCACUCUGUCUGGUUGAAUGAAUCUGAGAUAGGGCAUUUUUCAAAGGCUGGUGUCAAGGUUUCUCACUGCCCUGCAUCUGCCAUGCGGCUGUUGGGGUUUGCUCCUAUUAGAGAAAUGCUGGAUUCUGGUGUUUGUGUCUCCCUUGGUACAGAUGGAGCACCAAGCAAUAACAGAAUGAGCAUUGUGGAUGAGAUGUACCUAGCAUCUCUAAUUAACAAAGGACGUGAGGCAUACAUCAGUGGAACAACUAACCCAACUGCUCUUCCUUCUGAGACUGUACUGAAGAUGGCUACUAUUAAUGGCGCGAAAGCAGUUCUAUGGGAUAAUGAAAUAGGUUCGCUGGAGGUCGGGAAAAAGGCGGACUUGGUUGUAGUGAAUCCAUUUACAUGGUCCAUGGUUCCCUUACAUGACAGCAUUGCCAACAUUGUCUAUUGUAUGAGGACGGAGAAUAUAGAGUCUGUUAUGUGCAAUGGUCGCUGGAUUAUGAAGGAUCAUAAAAUCAUGAAUCUCAAUGAGGAGGAGGUAAUUUCUUCAGCUGUGAAAAGAGCGAAUGACCUCCUUGUGCGAGCUGGCAUCAAUCUCCCCAAACGGAUGAACUACGUGUAGUUAUUGCCUUGCCAGUUCGUCACGCAUCGCCACCACACCCAUUGUGGAGUUGCAGAUGAUGCACGCUGGCCCAAAGGAGUGAAGACAUGUUUACCGGAUUGUUGGCAUCACUUCAUUUUCUGUCAGUACCGAAUUGAAAAUAAUGUGCAGUAGCAUGUAUAGUUUCUGACAUAAAAGCAUGCCAGAAGUCUCGAUUUACGGAUGUUUGGUUUGCUGGGUUUAUUUUAAAUUCUGUCAUCGAAUAUUUUAAUACCAAUUAGAUGUUUUGAUGCCAA